CGCUCCGGGAAAAUAUCGCGCGCGCGUUCGACGGUUUUCUCUAGUUCUUCUAGUUCGGGGGAACCAUACGAAAACGCAACGACAAUCGCCGGCGACGCCGCACACACGCCCGACCGACAACCGACGGUCCCGAUCGCCGGCGUGUUGAACCACUGCGACGGCCGUACACGCGCCCAAGCCGUCGAUUCCGGAUUCGUCCAGCAGCACUGCCGGGAUACCGAUCCGUUUGUCGGAUUUCCCGAUUCCCGACAACGUGUCCGCACGGCCCGAGUGAUCCGACGGAAAACCCGGUAACGGACCGGAUACUGCGCUCGGCAUCGCUGCGUCGUCGUCGCCGCGGUGCAUCAUGAACGCCGCGCUACCGAACCGGGUGAGUGCCCGCGACACGGUCGUUUUGUUUUUAUUAUUAUUAUAUUUUGGUUUUUUUUUUUUUCCCCCGCGAUUCGUUGCGAUCUCGUUCGGUCUUGCCGUCAUUCCGAUCGCUAUUCGAAUCUGAACGGAGAGGAGCCAUGCGAUUACGUUGUUCCGUUUGUGAACGAUUUUUCCCACCGGAAAUCAUGCGGUUUCUGGUGGCCUAUUUUAUCGUGUAUCGGGGAAGGUCGUCUCGCGGAUUCCCCUUAAUAAUUGGCACAAAUAUAACGCAUUAACGGUUUCCGUUAUUUUCGAUUUCGUUUGGUUUUUGUUUUUUUUGUUUAAUUUCAGUAAGAAAUAACCGUAGAGACCCGAAAUGUUCACCGAAAAAAAUUAUGUACCUAAGCACUUUUUAGACGCAGUAAAUUUCUGAAACACUCCGGCGAUUUUCGAGUUUGUCUAGUUUUAAAUUUAAUGACAUUUUAUGACAAAAAAAAAAAAUUUCUCACUACGUCAUAAGUAUGAAAAAAAUUAGACAUUUUUACACUGCAUUCCGAAAUAUGUACUUUUAUCAUCAUUUUUUUUUUUUACCUAACCACAUUCUUUUAAAAUUUUUUUUUUUAAAUACCAUAUUAACUAUUUUUCAAAUACACAUCCAAUAAAUAUAAAAUUUUUAAAUUCAUAGUUGUACAAUAAAAUUAUACAACUUAAAAUACAUAAAUUUUAUAAUUUAGUUAUAAUAUUUUCGAAAACUCCUAGUCCAAACGGCCGUAUUUUUCGUUUGACAAUUGUUGAUCAUUGAUCAGGUAGAAUCGGCCCUCAGAUCAAUCAGAAUUCUGUACACGGACCAAGGAUGUAAUGUAAAUUUUUCUAUUAUAUUAUAAUUGCUAUAGAUAAUAAUUGAAUGUAUUAAAUUUGUUAUCUGAACAAUUUUUUUUAAAAUAAAAAAUGUUUUUGGCGACGGGCACAAUAAUGAUGAAAAUAUAUUAUUUUAUACGCUAUGGUUGUCAAAUACGAUUCGGGUGUACAGUGUAUGCCCACCAAUACACCGUUGGUUUUUAUUUGAUUUUAUUGGAUCCACUAUUUAUUGAAAAUCCAGCGCUUACAAUUUUUGAAAGAAUAUGUUGCCUAUUUGGUGUACACAAAAAUCGUUUUUUUGAUUUUUUAAUAACUGGAUAAAACGAUAAAGAUUAUGAAAAUAAGUUUAUAUAACCGACUUUGUAAAUAUGAAAAUUCCAAUAAAUCGUAAUAAAAAUAAUUUUGUUUUUUUUUUUUUGUGUUCAAGCAAAUAAACAUACUGAAAAUAUAAUCAACCGUGAUAUUUGUAAAAGUAUACACAAAAUAUCGCAUGCAAAUCGACAAUAUUUUUGUAUAAGCGUGUUUUAAGUUAAUUUUUUUUUUUAAAUUUUGAUUUUAAGACAGACUUAUUGACAAUCACGACUUAAGAUUGCUUAUACUUGUAUAUCGUUAUUUAACAUAAUUUUAUUACCUAAUUAUUUCUGUUACUAAACAUACACGAGUGUUUAAAUACAAAAAAAAUUGAUGAAUCAAAAGUUUAAUGAGUUAUUAAUAAGUUAUAGUUAUGGGUCGAUUUAUUUUUUACGACAGUUUUAUCUUGAACAUAAUUACAUCAACAGAAUAUCUGUGUUUAAAAUUCAAAACAUUUAAAUCAACACUAGUCACAUUAAAAAUACGAAUAUAAUACAAUUCGUUCACGUUUGUUUCGAGUCGAACAACAGACGUACAAAAACUAUAACAAUCGUAAAAAUAGGCAUACAUAUUCGUGGCAUGGUGCGAGAUGGGCCGAUGUCAAUUUUUCGAAAAAAAUCAUUUAGAAAUUAAGAAAAAAGAAAACGUGUACACUUUUUUAUUAUCUAAAUGCAAUGUAAUGUUGAAAAUUACGCAAACAUUUACUAACUCAGUGAAAUACACUGGGGAGCCUAUGGGCAAACACAAUUUCAAAGUCCAUUUCCCAACGGUCACAAAAUGUGACAUUGGCCCUUCUUGCACCAGGCCACGGAAUUAUAUUAUAUACGUAUAUUUUUUUUUAUUUCUUUUUCGUGAGCUCGUUUUGAGUUUAAUUUUUCAUGUUGCAUGUUCAUUAACUCCGCGGCGGUUUCGAAUCCGUAUUAUGCGGCUGCAGACGUCUGUAACGCGUUUCGCGGACAAAAGACAAACUAGCGAUCUACGAUACACAACAGUACGCGAAAAGAAAUAAUAUUUCCGUUACGUACGCGCGCGUGUAUGUAUACCUAUCGGCGAACAAUCGUAUAAUGCGCAUUGAAAUCGUAGCAUGUUUUAAGAGUUAUAUUAUUAUUAUUGUUGUUACUACGAUGUCACAAACACGCCGGACAAUAAUGGCCGCGUACGUUUUAUUAUUGUUUUUUUUUUUUUUUAUUUCCAACGUUCCAUCGUUCGACUUUCAUUAUUACGAACGCGUACCUCUCUAUAUAGAAUUGCAUAUAUAUAUAAAAAAAAACAAUUCGAUAUCGAAUGUUUUCGACGCCCGCGGAAUUUUCUCCCGGCACGGAUCCCUGCAGCAGUGUUCCGACCGAGCGUGUGACGGACGGACAGAACGAACGGCACGCCGACGUUUUCCCCUAGGAAAACAAAUAAAUAACAACGUCGGCGGUAAUCGCGUUUUGCGCGAAUAUCGGUUGUCGCGCGAGACCGACGAGCGCAAUGCGAAUCCGAGUGCCUGAUCGAAAAGGAAAAAAUCGCGAACGAUCGGUCAUUUGCGCGUACUCGUCCUCGUCGGCGUGUACGCGCGCGUUCCGUCUCUCGCGCGCACGCGGAUUUUUCGCGCCAAACGGUCACGGCUUCGACGCCGAAAAAGGCGCCCGUCGAUUUUCCGCGCAACCGCGAUUAAUUAUUGAAACGUUAGCACUGGCGUUCUAAUCGUGCCGACACACGCGGACACGUCCCGGUUCGCCCGUCCGACUAAACGCGCGCGCGUACAGCGCGAGUCGUUUUAUUCGUCGGGACUCGCGUGCGCCGCUCCGAACGGUGUACGGGGAAUGGUUCACCAAGCGCGCUCGUCCCGUUUUUUUUUUGUUUUUCCGGUUAGAUUUCGCAUUGAUAAUGUAUUCUGUAUUCUGGUUUUCGGCGUUUCCGAACGCUUAGAUUUUUACCGCCCCCCGAGACGUGUUCCGUCGCGAUACCGGAUUUGAUUUUUCAAACGACAACGAUCCGUUGACAAUACGGUAAACAGACGCCCGGCACCGUUUUAAAUGCAUUUCGGUGUCAGCGUUUCCGACGUUCCGUCGACCCGUAAAACACGCGAUAUUCCGCUCUCGAGUUUCGGUAGGGGCGGCGGGCAGCGGAACAUCAUUCGCGCCAACCGCGCUUAGUGAAUAACUGCCCCGCGUUGUAUUCGCGGGAAAUCGCGGGAUUGAACGCGGGACGAAAGGCGCGACGCGGUAACGCGCGACGAUACGGCGAGCCGAAAAAAAGGCUUGGGUCAUUUUCCCCGGGUGCGCGCGAAUUACCGUUUCCCGCAGCCGCCGUCGCGGUACGCGAACGAUUGCCCAACGGGCAAACGCGACGGUUUCGGGUAAACGCGUCGUUAUUAUACCGACUAGACGGCCAUUAUAAUAACCGCCGCGGCUACCGUUAAGUCUUACGGGCCGCGGUACGUGGCGGACCGUGAACUAUGGUCGUGUUAACAUCAUAACGACUGCAAUUCGCGCGUUUAGGCCGACUACCCGUGUAACGGCACGUCGGAAAAUGUCAAAUUUUCGUCAUAGCCGGGCCAAUUUUACGUUAUCGCAGACGCGAUAAUUGCACGAUCGCGUUUCCAAACGCGCGCGGCGCCCGGUUCGCGUUCGCGUCGGUAGCGGGGUCGUGUAAAACGCCAUGUCGCGCAAUAACACCGUAAUUAUCUUCGGUAUUGCUUUCGGUCCCGCGGAAGAACGACUUCAGCGGGAAUUGCGUGUGGUUUUUUUAUUUUUUUUUUCCAAUACGAGCUAAUUCGAUCUCGAAAAUACGUACACCCGCGCGUAGACUAUAACACGACAAUAGUAAUAUUUAUAGUGUGCGACGUAAUGCUAUAGCGUUUAUAUUGGAUGGCAUUAACGGCCGACAAACUGGACGUCGAACCGAUAAAAUCCUAAUCGGUUCGAUAAUGCGUAACGUCGGCUGUCGCACAAAUGACUCUUGCGUUUUUUUUUUUUUUUUUAUCGACUCCGCAAACGAUCGACUCGCCCAAUCGACAAUUCGAAAACCCGAUUUCGGUUCUGUGCGGGUAUCGGAAACGGUCCCAUAACUCUAUUGAACCGGUAACACAGUGUAUUUCGGUUUUUUCACCGUUUUCCCUCGUCGUGCUAAUUACUAAUACUGGUAUGCGUUAAUCGCUUCGUGCAACGCGUUUAAUCGGUUUUAUAACGCGACCGUACAUUUCCUCGAACAAUUAACACGAUAAAGUUCAUUAUCCAAUAGUCUGUCGAUAUUAUACCAUAAGUUGUCGAACCGUUUUUCAUAAAUCCGGCAUUCGACAAUUCAGACCGAAAAAUAAAAGCGAAAAAACGACAUUAAACAAAAUAAUUAUCUACCUAUUAUAGGGGGGGGGGGAAGUAAGGAAUUGACUUAGACUCUGCUUCCCUGGGACCGAUACGUAUGAUACGUUUCUUUUUAUUGUGACCAUCCCGCCUCGCGAGACACCGGUGUUGUAUAUUAUCCGGAUACAUUUAUCAUAUCCGGAUAGGUAUAUUUUUAUCUUACGUCUAAAUAAAUGAGCUGAUAUAAGUUAUCCGAGGUAAAUAAUCGAAUCGUCUCGAUAACUCUUUUUAAAUCGGAAUUCAUACGUACAUAUUAUAUGUUUAAUCGGACAUAAUUGGUAAAAAAAAAUAACGUAAUGUUUAUUAUUAACGCGGUCUAAGUUACAGCCUUUCUGCAGAUAUCAAUACGUGUACCGCCGACAUCGCCGUUGCGAUUGAGACCGGAGUGAUUAUAAUGUUUUAGCUGUACAGCGCCGCGGCCAGAAACGGAAACGGCAAUACAAAUUCCGGAACGGCGAACUCUGGAGCCGCAGGCGUCGAUUCCGGUCGCAAUGCAUGGCUAAUCGGGACCGGUGGCGAGCGGCGAUAAAUAGAGACCGGCAACAACAACGAUAUUGUUAUUAACAAUCGGGCGCAUUCGAUUAAAAAAAAAAUAUCUAUGCCCGAUUAUAUUGCGAUUACGACGUCUGUCGCGUGGCGCGUGCUGUAUAAUGUUAUUAUAUUGUUACAUUGUAAUACGCACGUGCGCGCCGGAAAGCCACCGAGUCACUGUCGUAAAAAAAAAUUUAGAAAAAAAAAAAAAAACGCGGACGCACGAUUACCCGUUGUAAUCGAAUCGAUUCCGCGUAUUCGAAUAAUAAUAUAUUACCGAUUGGCGGUGGAGGGGCGGGGGGAAAUAAUAGAGCUGUACGGGUAUCGAUCCGGUCACCGAAACGGUCACCGCGUUCUGCCCGCCUUUCGGCCGUCUCGCGCCAACGCGAUCUUUAACGAAAUAAUUACUUCAAGGUACACGCGUAACACACUGUCCAUAUCGGGCACCCGAAUCUGUUAAUAAUUUCUAUUGCGCCUGUACUCGUUCGGUGUUUCGUCCGACGACGCCGAAAUGUUAUAAUCGAAACCCUCCGUGUGUGGGAAAUCGUGUGUCAGUUGCCCUCGGCGUAUAAAACACAGCGACGCGGAACACGCGGAGGAGAAUUUUUAACCGCGCGUUACUCGGAGAGCGGCCAACUCCAUUCCGGGGGGGGGGAGGGGGAGGGCAUGAUUACGGGGCGGAUACGGGGGACAGAUUCCCCCCCCUCCCGUGAGCCGCGUUUACAUAACACUAGCCGUCCCGCCCGGCCUUGUCCGCGCCGAAAAAAACUAAACCCAAAACUCGCUAGUACGGUUAUGCGGGUCGCUAUACCCGUUGUUAUAACGGCACGCGUGUUUAUCGUUUCCACAGGCGUUCGGUGUGUUGGUGUUUGCCGCCUGGGCUCAGAGGGCAGUGUGGUGUCAGUAUUACAACGAGCAGAUCGGCAACGGGAUCGGUGGAGACGGUGGUGGCGGAGGACACCAUAACGAAGAACAUCUACAAAAGGAGCCUUACGUGAGUAUACGGCGUCGAACGUUGAAAUGGUAGAGAGCAGCAAUUGUAGUGCUCAGCGGUUGGGAAGUUGGCCGAAGAGUCGAAAGUGUAAAAAAUAAAACCUCUAUCGUGCCUCUAACUAGGCGCGGAUAUAAAUGGAAAGGGUGUUUAUUUUUUUUGUUCGGAGUAUUAUAAUCCGGGCUCCUAUAGUCAACUUCUCAAUGCACAGUGGUCUGAGAAUAAAGUUUAGGUGGCGAAAAUAGGACGUUAGAAAUGUUCAAAAAAUUAGUUUUUCUUUUUUUUUUUUUUUUUUAGGACCUCAUUAGUAGACGCGAAAAACUAGUGUAAAUACAAAAUUUCAGUUACAUAACAUUUUUGACCUGGAGUUAUAGCCAAGUGAACUAGAGAAAUUUGGUUUUUUUUUUUUUUUUGUUAUUUUGAAAAUAAAAAUGCAGAUAAUUCAUUAAAAUGUUUGGUUAUUUGAAAUGUAUAAAAUGAAAAAAAAAUGGCAUAUCAAGGUAAUAAAAUAAAUUUUUUUUUUUCAUAGACUCCAAUUGUUCGUAUUCAAAAAGUUCAUAGUGUUUAAAUAUAAAAUACAUUUGAAAAAACUUACUUUAUUUAGAACUAUUGAUUCAACUAUUGAUCAAUUCAAAAUUAAAAUUAUUGAAUGAAAAACAUUAGUAAACUUUAUAAAACGUAGUUAUAGGUACUAUAUUCGUUGCAGUACAAAAACGUAAUACUAACCUUUAUGAAACUGCAACAAGUACUCGUAUAAAUGAAUGCACAUUGCGCAUUAGUGUAUUUAUAAUACUGCAUAAUAUUAUAGGUCUUAUCGUAGUAUUAUACUGAUAAACAUCAUCGUAUCUGUUCAAAUAAAAUACUAGGUUUCCGAUAUAACUUUAUUUAUUUAAUACCACGUUAUUUUUAACUUUUAUUUAACUUUAUUUACCGAUUACCCCGUCAAACAAUCCGUGACGUCUGACACCGGUGAAUAACAAUUUUACAUAUUUUGUUAUUAUAUUCUGUACAGAUAGUUAAUUUUCUAUACAAAUUUUAAAAUUUUAAAAACACCAUUUUUUUUUUAUGACAAUAUGAUCUGUGUGCGUUGCAGAUGCAACGGGAUGCAAUAAGGAAUUAUACAUUCUUAUGGUUGAGAACUUUCUCUACAAAAUGCAUAUAUUGGGUACAGGGUGAACUUGAAUACAUUUUUACUGCAGUUUAUGAAAAAAACAAAAACGCAAAAAAGUUCGAUUUUUUUUAUGAUUCACAACCGUUAAGGACUUAAAAAAAAUAUUUUUUUCAUUAUCUUAAUAUGCAAUUUAAUAAUUAGGUAUUUCAUUUUUUUAUUUUAUAAAUUUCAAAUAGCCAAAAAAAUGAUUGAAUUAACGGCAUUUUUAUUUUCAAAUUAACAGAAGAAACCAAAUUUGUCUAUUUCACUUAGUUUUAACUUCAGUUCAAAAUAUGUUAAGAAACCGAAAUUUUGUGUUCACACUAGCAAUCAUCCACUAAUGAGAUCCUAGAAGAAAAUAAUAGUUUUUCGAACAUUUUUAAUGUCCUAUUUUCGCCACCUAAAUGUCAUUCUCAGACCACUGUGCAACGGUUUUACUCGUCCGUUUGCGUUUUCAGCCGAUUUCGUAUCUCACUUAUUACAUUAUUAUUAUUAUUAUUAUUUUUUGUAUUUUUCGACGAAACAAGCAAGCGCAUACACCCGACAACAAAUGCGUUUCCGAUUCUGACACGGUAACGGUUUUUGUCCACAGAUAAAGCCGCUGUACAAGUACGGGUACUGGGUGCACGAUCCCAAGACCAACGACGUAAAGAACCACUGGGAACACAGGGAUGGCGACGUGGUGCACGGGUCGUAUUCCCUGCUGCAGCCGGACGGUCACAUACGUUUGGUCGAGUACACGGCCGACAAGGUGUCCGGUUUCAGGGCACACGUCAAGUACAUGCACGACGGUAGCGGAGGCGGUGGCGGUGGAGGAGGUGGUGGUGGUAGUGGUGGCGGUGGCGACUUCAGCCCGCACGUUCUUGACGAUGCGGCCGAAGGGCAGUCAUCGCAGAUUGGUGACGGACGUUCGGGCCACGCCGCUCCCAAAAAGUCGUUGAAAAAGUACUACAAAAAACCGCGGACGGACAAACCGGGCGGACCGGCCGGCCACUACAACCGAAAAUCCCAGCACGACAACUUCGACGCCCGCGGCAAACCGAUUGGCGGCGGCUUCAAGAAACACCGGCCACGCCCGGCGGAAUAUCAGUCGUCCGGUUUCGAUCAAUUGCCGAAGUUCCAGUCCGUCGGCGGCGGCGGCGGCGGCGGCGGCGGCGGAGGUGGCAGCAGUCCCGAACGGUAUCACGGCAGUCCGCUGCUGCAGGACAGCCCGUUCGGCAGUGACAACGGCGCGCCCUCGGACUUUUUCUCGCGCAAGUAUUCCGCACCGCCGAAGUCGGCAGCGCCGCUCGCUUCGGCUUCGGCCGAUAGGUCCGCCUACUACACCGGCAUCCAACACCACCAGCCGUCCGAACACCGGCGGCCGGAACAGCCUUCGUCGUCGAGGCCGCAAAGAUCGCACAACGAAGAUUACGGCGCGGUCGGCGUCGGCGACGACGAUGAACAUUCGCAGGAGACGCCGCUCGGCCGGGACGGCAGUGACGUCACCAUACAGAAGCUGUCGCCGCUCAGGGAGUACCAUUACGAGGAACCUUACCCGUUCGAAAUACCCAAAGGCCUGAGGGCGGCCGAUCUGUUCCGGGCGCCCCACCAGAAGAGACACCUGUGGCCCGCCGUGCCGUCACCGUCCGGACCCGCGCGGGCCCAGUGGUACAGCGGUGGUGCCGCUGAGACGUCGGCCAACUACAGUGCCGACGAACGGCCGGACGCGGACGACUACUGAGCACCGCGGAGCGCAAUCGCACUUUUCCGGUAAUAGCGCGUACGAGCGUCACUCGCGAUAACAUAACAUAUUUAUAACGCUACAUGCGAGUGUAGUAUUUUAUUAUUAUAUUAUGACUUAUGACGUAUUGUUUUUUUUUUAUGAUUUUUGUUUUUGUUUUUUUUUUUUAUUAUUAUGUUAUUUUUCGUUCUUUCACCGAAUCGUUUCGAACGGGUUUUGUUUUGUUUUUUUUUUUAUUAAAAAUGACAAGUCCGUAAACGUUUCGCGUGGGUAUUGUUAUCGUUUUAGUUUUUCCGCGU